AAAUCUGGUAAAUAUCCUUACAUAGUAAGCAAACGAUCAGAAGCCGUUUCCAGCUAAGAAUUCAGCUCCGCCGCCUGUCGAUGAUGGAUUCCUUCUUCAAGCAGCGAUUCAACGCCGCCAAAUGUAAAACUUUGCUAAAACUCACGAUUCCUCGAAUUAAGUUACUGAGGAACCGGAGAGAGGCUCAGCUAAAGCAGAUGCGGAAGGAAAUCGCUAAGCUGCUUGAAACUGGUCAAGAAGCCACUGCUCGAAUUCGCGUAGAGCAUAUUAUAAGAGAAGAGAAGAUGAUGGCUGCACAGGAGAUAGUUGAGCUCUUCUGCGAGCUCAUUGCUGUCCGUCUUCCAAUCAUUGAAGCACAAAGGGAAUGCCCUCUAGACUUGAAGGAGGCAAUUUCCAGUGUAUGCUUUGCAGCACCAAGGUGUGCCGAUCUGCCAGAGUUGCUACAGGCACAACUACUGUUUGCAGGAAAAUACGGUAAAGAAUUUGUAAUUGCUGCAACUGAGCUGAUGCCCGAAUGUGGUGUCAAUCGCCAGCUGGUGGAGCUUCUAUCAAUCCGAGCUCCUGCACCCGAUGUAAAAGUGAAUCUUCUAAAGGAAAUUGCUGAAGAGCAUCAGCUCGAUUGGGAUUCUACUGCUACAGAAAAUGAACUGUUAAAGCCACACGAAGACUUACUGAAUGGGCCAUCGCAGUUCGUCAGUGCUUCAAAAGUGCCCCUUCCAAAAGAAAAGCACAAUGAGACACCAGAACCUGCUGCCCAUGAAAAGUCUGAUUCGGAUUCGGAUUAUGACAUUGUGGAAUUUCCAGAUGUCCCAACGCAGCCAUUACAGCCAAAUAAGCCCGUUGUCUCAACACCGGUGAUGCUGCAUUUCCCUGAAUCUGCACUAUCAGACGAUGAUCAAGAAGACCUGAACAAAUCAGAGUCUGGGGAUGUGGUUUUUGAGAAAUCAGUUGCAAAGGAAGAUGCUUCACUGAAUGCGCAAGCAGGUCCUACAGAAGCGAAGCAGUUCGUGCCAUUCAUAUCUCCUCCUCCAUCACAAUCAUCAGAAACAGUCGCUGCAACCGCGAGAGAUAAUUGUCCAUCUCCAGCUAUCUCGAAGAUGUACAGUGAUCAAGUGGAUUUGGAGGAUGUACUGGCUGCUGCUAGAGCAGCUGCUGAAUCAGCUGAGCGUGCUGCAGCAGCUGCACGCUCAGCUGCCAGCAUUGCUCAGCUCCGGAUAAGCGAGCUCUCCAAGAAAAGGAGCAACGAGUUCUCAGCUCCUCAGCAGCAUAACGACACCAACACCUUGAAUGGUGACUCUGGCAGUGCUUCGGCCUCCCCAAGCCAAAUUGACGGGUGUCAAAACAACACGAUAUCUCAGCAGCUAACGCCUGCUUCGUCGUUUGAUUCCUCUUCACCACGCGACAAUGCUCUUCACCUACCGCAGAGAUUGCCAUCGAUGGACGAUGAACCGUAUUUUUCAUACCCAAACUUGUUCACAUCUCAAGGCUCGAACAUCAUCGGGGCUCAUUCGCAGUCGCCUAGAGAGCCUAAGUGAGUGUCUUUACUUUAACUUUGAUGUAUUCAUAUGGCUAUGCAUAAAUAAUCUACACAUUCUAUUGUUAUACGUAUUUCAUGUUUUGUUAAUGGUAUAUAUUGUUUGUUUUUUA